AGCUACAAGUAACACAGUGCUUUGCUGACUGUUUUGUGUUUUUAACUGUAGAUGAAACUAAUUUAAUGCUGCUGCUGCUGCUGCUGCUGGAAAAGUCAUGUCUACUCCAGGACAGCUGCGAGGGAAGAGUAUAGUGGAACUACAGGAGAUUCUGGAGAGGCAGGAAAGGCUUCUAAAUAAUGAAAAGUUUGUCGCAAAACUGCCUGAUCGGGGAAAAAGGAUUUUAGAAUAUACUGACAAAGUCAGACAUGCAAUUGCGGAACAAAAGGAGUCGGAUAGAAAGUCAGAACUGCUUACUGAAUUCAAACUUGAAUUUCAAGCAAAACAAACUAACGGGAUUCUUAGCACACAAGUGGAAGCAAAAGACAAUGGUACAACACAAAUGGAAAAGGUGCAGACCAAGUCAGCAGCUGUUAAUUCACACUACGAUAAACAGGAGAACCAAGAUGUGAAUAGUUUUACAGUAUCUGGUUUAGAUGACAUUUUGGUAAAUGACCUAAAGAAAUUUAGUUUGAAAGAUAGAAAUGAAGAACCAAACAGAACACUGGGAACCUCUGCUAACCCUGAAAGAAAUCCUUUCUCUCUGCAAACAGGAAAGCCUAAUAAAUCUUAUUUCAUUGAGGUGAUUGAAAAUAGAGCAAUGCACCCUGUUCAGAGAAAAGAUAAAUUCAGGACAAAUGCUUUACCGUCAAGCAGUGCUAGCUCCUCAAUCUCACUUUCACCAGGAGGGAACAGUAUUAAAGUCAUCGCAGAGGAGAGGAAAGCCCACGAUAGGAAAUACUUAGAUGACAUCACAGCCGCCCAUCCUGCACCGCUUCAUAAUUCACCAAUUCAGUUAUUGCCUUUAGAAGAAUCUCUAGCACUUCAAUUAGCCCAGAAGAAGAGUUAUGAGGAAAAACAGGCCAAGGUAUCUGCUCAAAAACUUGUGGAGAAGAUGAACAUAAAAAUGGUGAAAUUCAACCCAGAAGGCGAUUCCUACAUGAAAUACAGGGACCUAAGAGAAACUGAAGAGGAGGACUAAAUUAUAAACCUUGGACUGAAUUUUUGUAACUUACUAUUUGUGGCUGAUCUAUAUAACAGAGAUUAUACCACAGAGUUACUUUCACUAGUACUAAUUAUACAACUUUUAUAAACAGCAUCUAAGUUACAUUAAUAAACACAGAAAUGAUAAUAGUGUGCAAUGUUGCAUGCAAAAGAGGUUUGGUAAAUGUAUGAAUGUCUUGCUGAAUAUUUUUUUGUUAAUUGUUUGGACAAUUACAGUAUUUUCUGCUUAUUAUUAGAAGUGCAGAUCCAUAAAUAACUAUUUUGAAAGACAAAAAUAAAGACUCUACAUAGUCUAAAAUUAUAGACUACUACACAAGAGACAGAUAAUUAAGGACUAUUUUUAUAAAUAUUUAUUAUAUCAAAAAUGUUAAAAAUGAAAUAAUUCAAGAGCCAACGAGAAAUACAAUAGUUAUAAUAAGAAUAUUGUAGGAUUUACAACACAGGCGAGCAGCCUAUAGUUUUUAUGUAAGGCUUAGGUAUUAGUCUGUAUUACAAAGCCAAUAAUAUAAAACACCAAUUACUUUAUUUACAGUUUAUGGUAAAAUGAGAUUAUCUUGUGUCACAUACACACACACACACAUAUAUAUAUAUAUAUGUGUGUGUGUUUGAAUGCAUAUACUGUAUAUAUCUAUGGCCUUAUCUAACAACUAUUAGCUGUUUUCAGACUUUACUGUUUGAUGUUCCUAUGUUAUUGAUGAUACUUAUUAUUGCAGUUCUGGUUUGCUCUUCCUAGUUUAUGGUUUUUAUUACUGACUCAUUAUUCACUCACUAUGGGUGCUAAAUGUUUGGGGGAGUGCUGUCUUUUUUGGUAGCCUGUUUUUUUAAAAAAAAAAAUAUGUACUUUUUUUUGUUUUUGAAAAUAUUUAUGUGAUGUUUUACAAGUUUACUGUUCUAACAUGGAUUUUAUAAAACAAAUUGCAAGCAUACAUUCAGGGAAAUGUUAAACAAUUAGUUAUGAUUUAAUUUGCUUUGUUUAAAAAUAUUUAUUAAUAUUUAUAAGUGCAGGGUUAGACUUGAGAUCGUUUCUGUCUCUACAUGACAAUUGAUACACAAAUUGCUUAUCUUCAGUAAAAAGUGUCUUUUUUGCUAUUUAAUGAUCUCUAGGUGAAUUUUUUUUUCUCCAGAAAACUUUAAAAACAAAAUACAAAGCUGUAUAUUUAAAAAAAUAUAUAUUUUGCUACAUAGUUAUUACCAAGGGCAUUUUUACUAUUGUAAAUAUAUUGCAAUGAAAAGCCAGGAACAUUCAUGGAAACAGAUCUUGGAUGAGAACAGAAAAUUACACAUCACAAAUAGAGGGUGGAGUUUGCCUGUCUCACCGGUAACCAUAUGAACACUAUCCACCUCUCCAUGUGAUUGUGUAUCCAUUUUGCUAUAUGUUUUCUUAACAGUUUUAUAAUUUUAAAUAAAUGUGAUUAAUACUUAA